GGGUAGCCCGCGGGGAGAGAGGUAAGAAGAGCAGCGGCAGCGGCAGCAGCAUCUCCGGCUGGCCGCGAAGUCCAGGGAUGCUGGCGCUGAGGCAUGAUGGGAAACUCCCGCGGUCCUCAUUGCUGGCUCUUCUUCGCCGCAGAAUCGCAAGACACUGCCUUGAUGGAGAGCCCCAGGCAAGUCAGAUUUUCUCGACCGCCCAAGAUCAGCCAAUCUUCAAAGGUGUACAAAUGUGCUGACCACCCCAGCCUCGUUCUCCAGAGCCUGAACGAACAGAGACGUCGCAACCUCUUCUGCGAUGUGGUUUUAGUGGUGGAGGAGCAGAAAGUCCCCGCUCACCGGAACGUUCUAGCUGUCUGCAGUGACUAUUUCCACACCAUGUUCACGAUCGGCAUGCGAGAAGCUUAUCAGAAAGAAGUGGAGCUCUUUGGCGCCACUUGCCUUGGCCUCAAAGCCAUCCUGGACUUCCUCUACGGCUGCGACCUGUUCCUCAACAGCGGAAAUAUCGAUUCUAUCUUGGAAACGGCUCACCUGCUGCAAAUCUGGAAGGUGGUGGAUUUCUGUUGCGAGUUCUUGGAAAAUGAGGUCGACGAAGAGAACUACUUGUACCUCCAGGAACUGGCUUCCAUCUUCAACCUCAAGCGCCUGGACUCCUUUAUCGACGCGUUCGUCAUGAAGAACUUCGGCACCCUCUCGCUCACGCCGGACUUCCUGCAAAACCUUCCCGUCGAGAAACUCUGCCACUACCUGGGCAGUACGGGCGUGCAAGAGGAGUGUGAACACGACUUGCUGCAGGCGGCUCUGCGGUGGCUGAUGCAGCACCCUGAGCGGGAAACGGAGGCCUACCGAGUCUUGGAGAACAUCCAUUUCCCUCUGAUCCCAAAGAGCGAUCUCUUGCACCGGGUCAAGCCGGCUGUCUGCUCCCUCCUUCCCAAAGAAACCCGCUGUGAAGACUUUAUCGAAGAGGCGGUCAAUUACCACAAUCAGGUGGCUGCUCAGCCUGUCCUGCAGAACAACAGGACGGUUCUCCGGACCCAGGAAGAGAAGCUCCUCUUUGUCGGAGGAGAAGUGUCCGAGCAUUGCUUGGAGCUGAGUGACGAUACCUGCUUCCUGGACCCCAAAACGGGACAGUGGGUGAAGGAGACGCCGCUGCCCGCCAGACGGAGCCACCACUGCGUUGCAGUUCUUGGAGGCUUUAUCUUCCUCGCUGGUGGCAGCUUUUCCCGCGACAACGGUGGGGAUGCGGCCUCGAAUCUUCUCUAUAGGUAUGAUCCUCGGUGUAAACAGUGGAUAAAGCUCGCCUCGAUGAGGCAACAGCGAGUGGACUUUUAUCUCGGGGCCAUCAGAGACAUGCUGGUGGCUGUGGGUGGCAGGAAUGAAAAUGGAGCCCUGUCAUCGGUUGAGACCUACAGCCCCGAGAAGGACACCUGGUCCUACGUUGCCGGCUUGCCCAGGUUCACGUACGGCCACGCGGGUGCCGUCCAUGAGGAACUCGUCUACAUUUCGGGAGGCCACGAUUACCAGAUCGGUCCCUAUCGCAAAAACCUGCUGUGCUAUGAUUAUCGGAUGGAUACCUGGGAGGAGAGGAGGCCCAUGAUCACUGCCCGUGGCUGGCACAGCAUGUCUACUUUGCAGGAUGACAUCUAUUCCAUCGGGGGCAGCGACGACCACUUGGAGACCAUGACACGCUUUGACAUCCUGGAGGUGGAAUCCUACAGCCCCAAAUGCAAUCAGUGGACGAGAGUGGCGCCUUUGCUCCAGGCCAACAGCGAGUCCGGCGUGGCCACCUGGGACGGCAAGAUCUACAUCCUGGGCGGCUACAGUUGGGAGAACACGGUCUUCUCCAGGGACGUUCAGGUAUACGACAAAACGACAAAGCAAUGGCAAAAAGGGAGCGACCUUCCCAAAGCCAUCGCCGGCGUGUCGGCCUGCGUCUGUGUCUUGAGGCCCAGGUCGCACGACAAAAAGAAAAAGGCCAAGCCGCAACGCCACGAGGAUCGAGGGAGAUGAGGUAUUGCGCUUGGAUCGAAACCUGUCCUUAUCCUGAUACAGGCAGCCCUUAUACUUAAAACCACAAUUGGAACUGGAACUUCCAUCACUCAACGAGGCAGUUCUUAAAGCGGAAUUGCACUGAUUCUACAUCCUUUCUUUCUAUGGUGGUUGAGUGAAACACUAUGGUGGUUAAGCGAAUCCAGUUUCCCCUAUUGACUUUUGUCAGAAGCUGGCUGGGAAGGUUGUAAAUGAUGAUCAUGUGAUCCUUGGAUGCUGCAACCUUUCUAAAUAUAUAUUCCCCCCCCCAAGUGCCUGAAUUUUGAUCAUGAGGAUGCCGCAAUGGUUGUGUGAGAACUGGUUGCGAGUCACUUUUUUCAGCCCCAUCUGAACGUUGGAACGGUUGCUUAAUGCACUGUCGUAAGUUGAGGACAACCUGUACAGAGAAUUGGUUUUGGAAACUUCAGAACUAUUCUUCUUGACUUGGGCUACAGAACUUCCUCCGUUGUCCAUCUUUGCUUCUUGGAGUGGUGAGCAAACGUUACUUGUUUUUGGAGUAACCUCAGCAUUAGGGCACAAAGUCUGUGAGAAGAAAUCAUGAGAGCGUCUACAAAUGGGAAGAUGAAUGUCAGGGAUCUUCAGAGGAAGCCGAGCAGGGUUUCUUAGAAGGUAGAAUCGUGUCAAUAAAAGCCUGUCCAUCAAAACUCACUUCCUGUAUUAAAAUCCUACUUUGGGAAAAUUGACCAAAGCAGAGAAGUGAGAAUGAGAUAGCAACAGCCCUUAGACUUAUAUGCCGCUUCACAGUGCUUUUAUAGCCCUCUCUAAGCAGUUUAGAGUCAGUCUUUUGCCCCCAACAAUCUGGCUCCUCAUUUUAGCCACCCCAGAAAGAUGGAAGGCUGAGUCAACCUUGAGCCUGGUGGGAUUUGAACUGCCAAAUUGCAGGCAGCCGACAGUCAGCAGAAGUAGCCUGCAGUACUGCCUUCUAACCACUGCGCCACCACGGCUUCCUUCUUUCCUUUUCCUCAUUUUCUUCCUUCCUUCCUUCCCAACAAUAGCACUUAGACUUAUAUGCCGCUUCACAGUGCUUUACAGCCCUAAGCGGUUUAGAGUCAGCCUCUUGCUCCCAACAAUUUGGCUCCUCAUUUUAUCCACCUUGGGAGGAUUGAAGGCCGAGUCAACUUUGAGCCUGGUGAGUUUCGAACUGCCAAAUUGCAGGCAGCCAGCAGUCAGCUGCAGUAACUUUCAGCUGUCCUUUAUGACUGAAUUGAGAUUUCUGAAACUGUUCUGGUGUACUUCAUUGAAAUAUCCUGCUUUCAGCAGCUAAGAGGUUCCUGAAACAUCUGGUUUAUUUUUCCCUCCUACCUGUAAUGACAUGCAUGUUGUGCUUUGGCCUGAAGAUUGUAUCAACACUUGGAUGUAGUUUAAAUGAUUGGGUGUAAGAUUAUCCCUCUGUUCCAGGCACCGCACGUUUCUCAUGAAUUUGGGAAAGCCUUUAUUAGUAGAAUAAUAAUAACCUGUUCAGGUAAUACUUAGCUGGACACUUACAAGCGGUUUUAUUUGAAGGGUUAAGGCGCUGAACGAGGAGCAGCGGAAAAAUCUUGGUCUUGCCUUAGACACAAAGCAGUUGGGUGACUUUGGCCAGUCCUUCUCUCUCUGCCUAAGGGAGAUAAAGGCCACUUUUGAAAAUAUUGCCUAAAAAACUGCAGGAACCUGUCAAUGUAGUCUCUAGAAAUAAAAACAUUGGGGAAACAACAAUCUUUGAGAGCUAAUUUGUAUAGAAACAUUAUUCUUUCCUGUAAACGGAGCUGAUCAUUUUUACAAGGUUUGCUCAAUAAAUAAUAAGUUGGAAUGAUGUAA